CAGCAGUUAGCCAAUAGAUUUUUUAAAUAUUAAAUAAUUUUUUUUUUGAAAUUGAAUAAGGCUGUUCACUCUAAGAAAUCGGCUUUUGAUUAAACUGCAUAAUAUAGUCAAUGCUUGGCGAUCAAUUAUACAUUUGCGAACAAAGACGAAUUCGAUUCAUUUAGAUUCUACUGUUCAUUGCUAGUGGAUUACCUUUUUACAAUACUUUGUAUAACAUAAAGUUCAGUUUCCUACCUAGUUAUUUAAUUGUUUACUGUCGACAAGGAUAUUGUAGAAACAAGAGUUUUAUUUGUUUUCUACGUUUUCUUGGUAGUUUAACAAAAGAAGAAAGAAAAGUUAUGGAAAAGAAAAUACAGGAUGAUGGGAAGAGUAAGGAAAACGAUCCAGAAAGUAAAUAUAAUUGGUACGAACUACACUGGAAACAGAAAGAAGAAUUACUAGAAUGGGCGGGCAAUUUAACAAACGCUUACAGGAAAUAUUACCCACAUUUAGUAAAUAGAGAAUGCUGUUUACAUUGUGGAGCAAUUCCAUGUCCUUAUCCUCAUGACGAGGACAAGCAAAAUCGACUUAAGGAUAUGGAAUUCGUUAAAGAUCUACUAAACGAAAGAAAUAAACUGCAGAAACUAGUUUCAAAAUUAAAGAAAGACAUGUCUGAUUUUUACGAUAAAUCCAGAGCCUGGAGGGAAGAGAAGAAGGAGCUUGAAUUUAAUCUCAAAGAACUAGAGAGGUGGAAAAAACACCAUCAAGAUGAAAAGACAAGGCUUGAAACGGAAAUUGACAAAUUGAGAGGUAUUAACGUUCAACACCAAAGGCUUAGCUAUCAAAUGAGGCAGAUAGAAAAGGAAAAAGAAGAAUUAAAGGCAAAAAUUACAAGUUUGGAAGAUGAAAAAGCAGAAAUUGAGAAUGAUUUCAAAAGAUGCCGUCAAAUAAUGAUAAGGCAAGGUGACGAAUUAACGGAAUUACGAAAAGAAGCGGAAGUUCUUAGGGAGACACUAUCAACGAAAGAUGAAGAGAUAAGCAAUUCAAAGAGGGAAGCCUUAGUUAAUCGAGAAAAGGCAAAAAAAGCCGAAAAGCAAUUAAAAGACAAAAAUACUGAAGUACUUGAAAUAAAGCGGGAACUUGAAAGUUUAUUAAAAGAAAUCAGCGAAAAAACUCAAAUAUAUUCAAAAAAUAUUGAAGAAAAAGAGAACUUGUUGGAAGAAUUUAAAAAUAUAAUUACAGAACUAACUGAUAAGAUUACCAAUUCCGAUAAGCAAAUUGAAAAUCUUCAAGGGCAGGUAAAUGCUUUAGAAGAGGAAAUCAAACGUCUCAAGUGGAGGCUUAGGAACGAUACGAAAUUCAAGCAGUUUGUUCAAGUUAAACGGGAACUAAUCGAUCUGAAAUCUAAGAAUGAAAAAUUUCUUUUAAAAUCAUUUGAUAGUGAAUCUCAUUUUUCAAUGUUAAAACACGAAAACGAAAGACCGUCUUCAUCUCCAGGAGCAUCUAGGCUAUUCGUUAGACGCUCGUUAUACAACGAUGUUCAAAAGCGACAGUAAACAAUUUGUUAUUGUUAUUGUUGUUGCUGUUAUUGUUGUUUUUGUUGUUGUUUUUCUUUACUAUAUUUAAAAAACUAUCUAUAUAUGGUAAUUAUCUUUUUUCUAUUUUAAAAUCCACUUAAAAGGUGCUUUGAAUAGGUUCAACUGAGACAAUUAAAGCUUUUAUUAGAGAAAAGACACAAAUAAAGAUUAAAAGCAAUAAAAUAAUAAAUUCUGUUUUGGGCCUUUAAAUAUCCUAUUAUACAAUAUUAUGCAA